AUGGCCAUUGACCUUGCGGCCGUGGUCGGCGCCUCUCGAUCCGUUGCGACCAAGCACGUUGCCCUUCGCGGCCGACAGGUUGGAGCCUACGCACGAGCGUCGACAUCGUUGAACGCCAAGAGGCAGGCUGCUGCCGCCGCCGCCGCUGCUGCUGCUACGAAUACGCCAGCAUAUUCCCAGGCACAAGAACGGGCACAAGAACAGCCUAGCACCAGCGGUGCGGAACCCACGUCGAGAUCGACUGUCGAUGCCACCCCGGCCACUACUGAACAUGCCACCGGCGUGGAGGAGGAUGUCAAGACGGACCAAGAGGAAGAACCAAUCGCCCCGCCGGGCGUGGACGUCAACAUAUUCUACACAGGCAGAGGAUCGCAAAUUCUGGAAUCGAUGCGCAAGCAGCAGGGUGGUAGGAUUGCACAGCAGCAGCAGCAGAGACAGAGGCCGAGGCAAGCACGGGGUGCUACGCCAAAGGAGCAUCCUAUGCGGUACUGGCCAAACCCGCCGCCGCCACCGACGCCUUCUGCCCCUGCGGAGCCAAAGGUGGAGGAGGAUGUGCCUAGUGAGAGGGUUGAUCAGGUCUCACAGACUACCACUGCCACCACUGCUCCUGCUCCGCCCGCGCCGGCAACGCCGAAGGAAGAACCUGUCAGCGAACCAGCAGUCGCCACCGUCGCCGUUAACGAUGUGCCAGCCGGGAAGGCCAAGAAGGAGGCCGUCGAAGAGAACAUGUCACAGCUAGCCAAGGAGAUGGCCGGUGAGCAGAUGGAACAGACACGCAAGCUAAACGAGUCACGCGUGCCGUCCAGCCGGUUCAGCCGUCUAUGGAACUACGGCAGUCUCGCGGCGGGUAUGCUGGGUGGGGCCAUGACGGAAGGCGUGAGCAGGGCAUUCGGCAGCGGUGGCGAGGGUUCAGUGUUGAUGAGCGGUAAGAACAUGGAGCGUCUGGUGUCGCGGCUGUCGCGCAUGCGUGGGGCGGCCCUCAAGCUAGGCCAAAUGAUAAGUUUCCAAGACUCCAAGAUGCUACCACAGCCGCUACAGGAGGUCCUCCAGCGGGUACAGGACCGGGCGGACUACAUGCCGGCGUGGCAGCGGGACCGAGUGCUCACAGCGAACCUCGGCCAGGACUGGCGGAGCCUGUACAGCGAGUUCGAGGAGACGCCCAUCGCGGCGGCGUCGAUCGGGCAGGUGCACCGGGCCACGCUGGCGUCCAACGGGGCCAGAGUGGCGGUCAAGGUGCAGUUCCCCGGCGUGGCCGACUCGAUCAACUCGGACCUGGACAAUCUAGGGGUGCUGCUCAACGCGACAAGCCUGCUACCCAAGGGCCUGUACCUGGAUAAAACGAUUGCCAACGCGCGGCAGGAGCUCGGGUGGGAGUGCGACUACGAGCGCGAGGCGGCGUGCGCGGCGCGGUACAAGAAUAUGCUGAGCGGAGCCGACGGAGCCGCCGACGGCCGCGACGUCUUCCUCGUGCCGCACGUGUACCCGGAGGCGUCGGGCAAGCAGGUGCUCACGAUGGACUUCAUGGACGGCGUGACGGUGACGCGGGUGCAGUCCUUCACGCAGGAGCAGCGCGACUGGAUCGGCACGCAGAUCAUGCGGCUUUGCCUCCGGGAGAUCACCGAGUUCCGGUUCAUGCAGACGGACCCUAACUGGACCAAUUUCCUGUACGACGCGGCCGCCGACCGCCUCGUGCUGCUCGACUUUGGCGCAUCGCGCGAGUUCCCCGACCGCUUCGUGGCCCAGUACGUCCGCCUGUUGGAAGCCGCCGCCCGCUCCGACCGUGCCGCCGUCAAGUCCCUGUCCGAGGACCUGGGCUACCUCACCGGCCACGAGAGCCGCGCCAUGCUCGACGCUCACAUCGGCUCCGUCCUCACCCUGGCCGAGCCCUUCCUCCAGUCCGCCCCCGAAGUCUACGACUUCAGGGACCAGACCAUCACCGAACGCGUCAAGUCCUUCAUCCCCGUCAUGCUGCAAGAGAGGCUAGCCCCGCCGCCUGAGGAGACGUACAGCCUUCACCGCAAGCUCAGCGGCGCCUUCCUCCUAUGCGCCAGGCUGGGAAGCAGGGUCAGGUGCCGAGAGCUGUUCACUCAGAGCGUCGCCAAGUCGGGAUAUAUCAACUGA